AUGUCGAAGAUCAACGUGAAAACCACCUUUGAUGUCACGAAGACAAUCCGUCCAAUUUAUACUGGAGGAAGCCUCUCGCUUGAUGGAAGCGGGCAGGUGUUAGCAUCGUGCAUUGGUGAAGAUACGGUUCUGGUUGACCUAGAGACUGGCCAACAGCUUGCUAGUAUUGAAGGACCAACGCAAGGAUGGGGAACCGAUUACCAGUAUAUUGAGUAUGUAUGGUGCAAACCAUAUCUUUCAGAAUUUAUCUCAUUUUCCAUAGUAACUCCUUUGGCCUCGCAUCUUGCAAUAUGUUCUCGAUCCUUGUCUAUGCGCAUAUUUUCCCUUUCAAAGUCGUCGGACUCGAAACUCAUAUUCCCCAAGCUUUUACGAUCCCUCAAGCCCCAUACCUCACCAGUUGUGGCCACUGCUGUUGACCAUACUGGGUCGCUGCUUGCAACGGGAAGUGCAGAUGGAUCAAUCAAAAUAUGGGAUAUCAAGCGGGGUUACGCGACUCACACAUUCCACGGCCAUGGAGGCGUUGUUUCAGCUCUUUGUUUUUUUGAAACGGCAAACGGAAAAGAAGAGCAUCGUAAAGGUGCAAAAAGAGCAAGAAAGAUUGGAGAAGAUUCGGACUUGAGCUUUAUUGCCUUGGACGGAGCCACAGAGCCAGCAGAGGUUACAGGGGGUUUUCGUCUUGCGUCGGGCAGUGAAGAUGGGCAGAUACGAGUCUGGGAUCUCUUUAAAAAGAAAUGCAUUGCUUCCCUGGAGUCUCAUGUAUCUGUUGUACGGUCUCUAUCGUUCUCUGGAGCCAGGAACUCCUUACUUUCGGCUGGUAGGGAUAAAGCCGUUAUAACAUGGGAUGCGACAACUUGGCAAAUGAAAAGGAUAAUUCCUGUUCUCGAGAGCGUAGAGGCUGCAGGAUACUUAGUAGAUGGCUCAUUAUUCUAUACUGGCGGAGAAAAUGGCCGCCUGCGAAUAUGGGAUCCUGCCAGAGGCAGUGAAGUGACCCAGGAACAAGAUGCUGCCUCAGAACAAGAAGGUAUCGUUGCAAUUGAGCACUCCACUGGACAACCUUUUAUUGUUACAGUACAUGUUGAUCAGACGUUGAAAUUUCACUCCAUUACACCCCUGGCUGCCUUUAGCUCUGGAAUGAAAAUUGACUCACUACCUAUCAUCCGCCAUGUCGCCGGGAACGAUGAUGAAAUUAUUGAUUUAGCCUGCGUCGGGCCAGACCGCUCCCUGCUUGCUAUGGCUACAAACUCGGAGUAUGUCCGGAUCGUGUCUACGAAAUCAACCGAGAAUACCGUUGGCAAACCGUAUUUUGGUGCCGAUAUAUCCCGCCUAGAAGGCCACGACGAUAUUAUUAUUUGUAUUGACGUCGACUGGUCUGGUCACUGGCUUGCGACAGGUGCAAAAGAUAACUCUGCAAAACUAUGGCAAAUAGACCCCGCUUCACACUCGUAUUCCUGCUUUGCAACAUUUACUGGACACGCUGAGUCGUUGGGAGCUAUUGUGCUAUCUCGAAAUCCGCCUCCAACGGACUCCCCAGCUUUCAAAGACCCCCUUAAUCACCCCCCAAACUUAUUAGUUACCGGCUCUCAAGAUCGUACCAUCAAGCGAUGGGACACGGGAAAGUUGAAAUCAUCAACGGCACACCCAAAAGCGACGUAUACCAGGAAGGCUCAUGAAAAAGAUAUCAACGCACUGGAUUUAAAUCACAAUGAUACCCUUCUUGCAUCAGCUUCUCAAGAUCGUACAGCUAAAAUAUGGUCCCUCGAGGAUGGUUGUGUCCUUGGAAUUCUUCGCGGUCAUAAGAGAGGCGUGUGGUCAAUUCGCUUUGCCCCUAAAGAAAUGCCUCCAAUUAAUUCAAAAUCAUCUGCAAGUAUGAGCAGGGGUCUUAUAGCUACUGGCUCUGGGGACAAAACCAUAAAACUGUGGAGUCUUUCAGACUAUAGCUGUCUAAUGACAUUUGAGGGGCAUUCCAACAGCGUUCUGAAAGUCAUUUGGUUAUCACCCCCGCGUAUUUCUGGUGCUGAUGGAGAUUUGUCUUCCCAAGGCGCCAUACAAGUUCAUCCGCUCGUUGUGUCGGCUGCAGCAGAUGGAUUGGUCAAAAUUUGGUCUCCAUAUACUGGAGAAGUGGAAGCCACCUUGGAUAACCAUACAGACCGUGUUUGGGCCCUUGCUACUCCCUUCCCACCCUCUGCGAUCCCGAAUAUAUCGGCUACUGAAUCCCCUUGGCUCGAUUUUUCGCUACUUUCCGGAGCUGCAGAUUCAACAGUAUCGUUUUGGAAAGACACAACUUCGGCUACACUGUCUGCUGCUAUAUCGGCGAAUUCAGAGCGCAUAGAACUGGAUCAACAAUUACAAAAUUUCAUAAAUGCUGGUGCCUAUCGAGAGGCCAUCACUCUGGCACUCCAACUAAAUCAUCCCGCACGACUUUUUUCGCUGUUUGCUACUGCUAUUGAUACAGAAUAUGCAGCUGCGCCGAAGACACUCAGUGGGAAUGCAGAUAUAGAUCAUGCGAUCCAAUCUAUUUCCAUGGAUCACUUGUACCUUCUUCUUCUACGAAUUCGAGAUUGGAAUACCAAUGCGCGCACGUCACGCGUUUCCCAACGAUUGCUUUACGCUCUAUUCAAAUCUUAUCCCCCAUCGACAUUUAUUGACUUAGCAUCUCGCUCCAACUUUAUACCCUCUCAUGGCAAAGGGAACAAAGAUGCGGAGCUAAAAGAUGUCUUGCAUGCUUUGGCAGUGUAUACGGAGAGACAUUAUAAACGGGUUGAAGAUUUAGUAGAUGAAAGUUAUUUGGUCGAGUGGGUUUUAGGAGAAAUGGAAGGUAUGGAUAUGGAUAUUGACUCGGUAGGCGGCGAUCGAAGUGCAACUGUGAUUGCUGGAGCAGGGGAUGUGGCUAUGAUUGACUGCCCUUAG